AUGGAUAGGAAUACCGCAAAUAGAGCCAUUGCAACACCCAUCAAAGGGGUGGUUCCCCAUCCAGGAGCUACUUUACCAUAUUCGGAAUUCAAUGGUUUCAAUAACUUCCCCACAGUGGUAUUUCUUCAUCCUGUUCACAACUAUGCUCUUAUUGCGUAUAAUCCGUCAGCAUUGGGCCCUGCCAGUGCUUCAGUCAUUCGUGCAGCUGAGCUACUACCUGAGCCUGCACUGCAACGUGGAGAGUCAGUUUAUCUUGUCGGAUUGAGUAGGAACCUUCAAGCCACAUCAAGAAAAUCUAUUGUAACCAAUCCAUGUGCAGCAUUAAACAUUGGAUCUGCUGAUUCUCCCCGCUACAGAGCUACAAAUAUGGAAGUAAUCGAGCUUGAUACUGAUUUUGGUAGCUCAUUUUCAGGGGCGCUGACUGAUGAGCAGGGGAGGAUUCGGGCCAUUUGGGGAAGCUUUUCGACUCAGAUUAAAUAUAGUUCCACUUCGUCAGAAGACCAUCAGUUUGUCAGAGGUAUCCCGGUCUAUGCGAUCAGCCAAGUCCUUGAAAAAAUCAUAAGCGGUGGAAAUGGACCAGCUCUUCUCAUAAAUGGUGUCAAAAGGCCAAUGCCACUUGUUCGAAUUUUGGAAGUUGAGCUGUAUCCUACUUUGCUUUCAAAAGCCCGGAGUUUUGGUCUGAGUGAUGAAUGGAUCCAAAUCCUAGUGAAGAAGGAUCCGGUUAGACGACAAGUUCUGCGUGUUAAAGGUUGCCUGGCAGGAUCGAAAGCUGAAAAUCUUCUAGAACAAGGCGACAUGGUUCUGGCAGUCAAUCAGAUGCCAGUUACAUGCUUCAGUGACAUUGAAGCCGCUUGCCGAGCAUUGGAUAAGGGUAGCUACAGCGAUGACAAUCUCAAUCUAACAAUCCUUCGUCAGGGCCGAGAAAUAGAGCUCGUAGUUGGAACUGAUAAAAGAGAUGGGAAUGGAACUACAAGAGUGAUAAACUGGUGCGGAUGCGUUGUUCAGGAUCCUCAUCCUGCGGUUCGUGCUCUUGGAUUUCUUCCCGAGGAAGGUCAUGGUGUUUAUCCGUCCCUCUCACAUAAGGGUCACUUAGGACUCCCGAUCGGGCCUAAGCAUCAAGUGGGGCCUACGCCGCCGAAUAAACGUUCAAGAUCCUCUCGGAAAGGCAUAUAUGCGUAUGCGCGUCAUAAACAAACGGGUGCGAUCAUACCAGCACUAAUGCACCGGAUCCCAUCAGAACUCCGCAGUCAAGCGUGCGUGGGUGAGAGUAGUACUAGGAUGGGUGACCUCCCGGGAAGUCCUCGUGUUUGCACCCCUUUUUUUGUUAAUUUUUUUCUGUAUUUCUAUCUGAAACUUCCAAAAUGCGUAGCUGGAAGACCGUGA